UUUCUGGAAGAAUCGGGGAGCGAUCAGUGGACAGCAGGGGUGAAGCAAAGAACCCUGGAGGAUCAGAGAGAGUUCCUCCAGCAAAACUCAUCCAAGGGCUUCAAACCCAGUAUUUCCAAGCCCACCACCCUAACUCGGUGCAAAACCGGCUUCAGGUCCCGGGUGCAGCUUCCCGGCGGCCGCUUCUAAUACCCGGAGCGAGAGAAUCCAGCGCACCGGGAGCCGCAGGCGCCGGCCCCGACAGGCGCAGUGCGCACGCGCAGGGGGGUGGGCCGCCAGGACUGCCGGAGCGGUGACGAGCCCGGAAGCGCCGGCGCGCGCCCCUCGGUGCUUCAACUAGUUUUGUUCGGUGUCCUCGAGACUCUGUCCCCCUCGGAGAGAACCCCCGGCCGCAGCCGCCCUCUCGCCGCUACCGCCGCAAUGUCCAGCAACAGUUUCGCCUACAACGAGCAGUCGGGAGGAGGGGAGGCGGCGGAGCUGGGGCAGGAGGCCACCUCGACCAUCUCUCCCUCGGGCGCCUUCGGCCUCUUCAGCAGCGAUUGGAAGAAGAAUGAAGACCUGAAGCAGAUGCUGGAGAGCAACAAAGACUCUGCCAAGCUGGAUGCUAUGAAGCGGAUUGUUGGGAUGAUUGCGAAGGGGAAAAAUGCAUCGGAACUCUUCCCUGCUGUUGUGAAGAAUGUGGCCAGUAAAAACAUCGAGAUCAAGAAGUUGGUGUAUGUUUACCUCGUCCGAUACGCUGAGGAACAGCAGGACCUGGCGCUCCUGUCCAUUAGCACUUUCCAGCGCGCUCUGAAGGACCCAAAUCAACUAAUCCGUGCAAGUGCCUUGAGAGUUCUCUCCAGUAUUAGAGUACCAAUUAUUGUGCCUAUCAUGAUGCUGGCUAUUAAGGAGGCUUCGGCUGACCUGUCACCGUAUGUCAGGAAGAAUGCAGCCCAUGCUAUACAGAAGUUGUACAGUCUUGAUCCAGAGCAGAAGGAAAUGUUAAUUGAAGUCAUUGAGAAGCUUCUGAAAGACAAGAGCACUCUGGUGGCUGGCAGUGUGGUGAUGGCUUUUGAAGAAGUGUGCCCGGAUAGAAUCGAUCUGAUUCACAGGAAUUACCGCAAGCUUUGUAACCUACUGGUAGAUGUCGAGGAGUGGGGGCAGGUUGUCAUAAUCCACAUGCUAACUCGAUAUGCUCGGACACAGUUCGUCAGUCCUUGGAGAGAGGAUGAUGGUCUAGAAGACAAUGAAAAGAAUUUCUAUGACUCUGAGGAUGAAGAGAAGGAAAAGAGUGACAAGAAGAGGCCAUACACUAUGGAUCCAGACCAUAGGCUCUUGAUUCGAAACACAAAGCCUUUGCUUCAGAGCAGGAAUGCAGCGGUGGUUAUGGCUGUUGCCCAGCUGUAUUGGCACAUUUCACCCAAGUCAGAGGCUGGCAUUAUUUCUAAGUCCCUGGUGCGCCUACUUCGUAGCAAUAGGGAGGUGCAGUAUAUUGUCUUACAAAAUAUUGCAACUAUGUCAAUUCAGAGAAAGGGUAUGUUUGAACCUUACCUGAAGAGUUUCUACGUCAGGUCCACUGAUCCAACUAUGAUCAAGACACUGAAGCUUGAAAUUUUGACAAACUUGGCAAAUGAAGCCAACAUAUCAACUCUUCUUCGGGAAUUUCAGACCUACGUGAAAAGCCAGGACAAGCAGUUUGCAGCAGCCACUAUUCAGGCGAUAGGCAGAUGUGCAACUAGCAUCACCGAAGUCACCGACACAUGCCUCAAUGGCCUGGUCUGUUUGCUAUCCAACAGGGAUGAAAUAGUUGUUGCUGAAAGUGUGGUUGUUAUAAAGAAACUAUUGCAAAUGCAACCUGCACAGCAUGGUGAAAUUAUUAAGCACAUGGCCAAACUCCUGGACAGCAUCACUGUUCCUGUGGCUAGAGCAAGCAUUCUUUGGCUAAUUGGAGAGAACUGUGAGCGAGUUCCUAAAAUUGCCCCCGAUGUUCUGAGGAAAACCGCUAAAAGUUUCACCAGCGAAGAUGAUUUGGUGAAGUUGCAGAUUUUAAAUCUUGGAGCAAAAUUGUAUUUAACCAAUUCCAAACAGACAAAAUUGCUUACCCAGUACAUAUUAAAUCUCGGCAAGUAUGAUCAAAACUACGACAUCAGAGACCGCACAAGAUUUAUUAGGCAGCUUAUUGUUCCGAAUGAGAAGAGUGGAGCUUUAAGUAAAUAUGCCAAAAAAAUCUUCCUAGCCCAGAAGCCUGCACCACUGCUCGAGUCUCCCUUUAAAGAUAGGGAUCAUUUCCAGCUUGGCACCUUAUCUCAUACUCUCAACAUUAAAGCAUCUGGGUACCUGGAAUUAUCUAAUUGGCCAGAGGUGGCGCCUGACCCAUCGGUUCGCAAUGUAGAAGUAAUAGAGUCAGCAAAAGAAUGGGCCCCAGUUGGAAAAACAAAGAAAGAAAUCCCUGCUAAGAAAUUUUACUCUGAAUCAGAGGAAGAGGAGGAGGAGGAGGAAGAGGAAGAGGAAGAGGAAGAAGAAGAGGAAGAGGAGUCCUCUGACAGCAGCAGUGACAGUGAGAGCGGGUCUGGAAGUGAGAGUGGAGACACAGGCAGUGGCAGUGAGGACAGCAGUGAGGACUCCUCCAGCGGACAAGAGAGUGAGACCGGAAGUGAGGCAGACAUGGAAUGCAAGAGAGUGAGCCAGAGGAGCUCAAAAACCAAGAGGAAAAGUGAUUCACAAGAUGGGGAGAAGAAAAAUGAAAAAUCUAAAGCUUCAGAAUCGUCUAGUGCAGAAUCCAGUUCCAUGGGAGAAAGUUCUUCAGGUUCUGAGUCAGCAUCAGAGUCUGAUGGUGAACCUGCACCCAGAAAAGUUACUCAGGCAAAAGAGAGAAAACCCCAGCAAGAAAGACAUCCUCCCUCCAAAGAUGUUUUCCUUCUAGACCUAGACGACUUUAGCCCAGCGUCCACCCCAGUUGCCCUUCCUCCACCAGCCCUUUCUCCAAGCUUGGUAGCUGAUCUUGAAGGUCUAAACUUGUCAGCUUCUUCAUCAGUCAUCAAUGUCAGUACACCUGUCUUUGUGCCAACGAAAACACACGAGCUGCUUCACCGAAUGAGUGGAAAAGGACUGGCCGCCCAGUACUGCUUCCCAAGACAACCGUGCAUUUUUGGUGACAAGAUGGUCUCCGUUCAAAUAACACUGAGUAAUACUUCUGAUCGAAAGAUAGAAAAUAUCCACAUAGGGGAAAGAAAGCUUCCUGUAGGCAUGCAAAUGCAUGUUUUUCAUCCAAUAGACUCUCUGGAACCUGAGAGAUCUGUCACUGUCUCAGUGGGUAUUGACUUCUGUGAUUCGACACAGACUGCCUGUUUCCAGCUGUGCACCAAGGAUGAUUGCUUCAACGUCAACAUUCAGCCUCCUGUUGGGGAACUGCUUUUACCUGUGGCCAUGUCAGAGAAAGACUUUAAGAAGGAGCGAGGAACACUCACUGGGAUGAAUGAGACUUCUGCUACCAUCAUCGCUGCCCCGCAGAACUUCACUCCCUCCAUGAUCCUCCAGAAGGUUGUAAAUGUUGCCAACCUCGGCGCUGUGCCUUCAGGACAAGAUAACGUACACAGGUUUGCAGCUAAAACUGUGCACAGUGGGUCACUGAUGCUAGUCACAGUGGAACUGAAGGAAGGCUCCACAGCCCAACUUAUCAUAAACACCGAGAAAACCCUGAUUGGUUCUGUUCUGCUGCGGGAGCUGAAACCUGUCCUGUCCCAGGGGUAACCCGCUUACAUCUGGGCUUCAGGAUCUGGCAUCCACUACUGCUGCCUUUCAUUUAUAAUAAUAGCCCUUCCAUCUGGCAGCAGGGGAAGAGCACACUCUUGACAUUCUUGUCUCCUGCUUUAGAAUGCUGGUGUGUAUCUAUCAUGUAUGCAAUCCUUUCCCCCUCUUCGCUUUGCUAACCAAAGAACAUAUAUUUUACUGUCAGUUUUUUCAGCUCCUGAGUCCAUGCAGCGUUCCCUCUGCCUUCCGACUUCUUUUGGCCUCACCUUCCUUCUGGUUUUUGAAAAUGAUGGACAUGAAUCAGAUAUUAAAAGUGUGCUGGGAAUCAUCCCUCCUUUAGUAGUAAGCAGAAAUUAGCAAGGAAAUCAUCUAAAUGGCCUCUCAGUUUGGUGUCUGAAAAGGAAAUAGCAUACUUUUUUAAAUUAAAUGCAAAAAAAAAUGGUCUCUGCAAAAUUCCUUCUUUGAACUUCCUCAUAUUGUGGUUGGUUAUUGACAGUUGUCAUCAUGAAGGUUCUCCUGAAUAAUAGAUAAAUAAACUAGCAUCUUUGCCCUUCUGA